GGGUAUAAAGGAGGAGGAGCAAGCGCGGCUUCAGCCAUUCGUGGGUACAGUUGCGCCGAGCGUCUCAGGGGCGCCGUCUGGGCGGGAGCCGGGGCUUCGGAGCCGUCACGUCUCCAGGACCGCCCGCGCCUGCUGCUGAUAGAACGAGCUCCUUGUGUGAAGACUGUGAUUAUCCGGGAUGUGUUUGCAGGAUGGUGUGAGCCUUACUGCAUGGACCCUGAAGCAGGGGGGCCCAGACCAGGUGGAUCUGGGCCUGGUGGGCUGUGAGGCCUGCAGGUGGAGAGAUGACCCUCAUCUGUGCGGCGUCGCGGCCGGAGCCACCAUCAGAGACGCUGCGCGACACCCGGAAAAGCAAAAUUGAGUCUGAAAGGUUGGCGGACCUCACGGAACAGCAUCAGGAAGAACUGGCCACUAUGAAGGCUCUGGAUGCAGGCACUGCCUUCACACUGGCCCUGAAGACCCACGUGGGCACGUCCAUCCAGACCUUCCGCUACUUUGCUGGCUGGUGUGACAAAAUUCAGGUGACUCCACUCACAGCCUUGAAGUUUACAGAUUUGACCUUGAAGGCUGACAUGGCCAAGGGCGUAGUCAACAUCCUCCUUGGAUCUGAGCAGAAAGAAGAUGUCUACAAAGGUUUCUACAAGUGCACCCAUGGUCCACCUUCAGCUUCACUGUCCUGUGACACCCUCACAACCCUGUUUCUGGCCUUUCAGUGAUAUCUAACUGGGCAAAGAGGGAAGAAAGGAGAGCCUAAGAGGACCAUGUGGGAGGCUUAUGCACACCUGGAGGUGACAUCAGGACUUCCACCAUAUUCCAUAGGUAUGAACUCAGCCCCUUGGCCCCCGGGUGCCGGGAGUCAUGGCAGAUGUAGUUGCUGUCCGGAAACAUCUCUACCCUGUAGAAGGUGGACAGCUAGCCAUCUCUGCCACCAGUCCUACAUGAGAAAAGCAAAUCAGGCAUAUAGGACUUUGUAAUGACAGGCUUUGCUUCUGGAAGGUAUCUUGGAAACAUGUUCUCUUGAUGUUCUAUCAUUAAAAAAUCUUAAUGACCAAACAACUCAGUGCCUCAUUAACACUGUGCCUCUUCUCAUUCCUGGUGCGGUGCUCUGUCAUCUGGAGCCCAGCCAGCGUGGCAGGUGGUGUCGUCGGGCCUGAUACUGGGGCUCGCCUUUUCACUGUCUCCCUCCCUGUUUCCUCCACUUGGCUAGCUUGGAGAGAGAGGAGCCUUUGACUUGUGUUAAAAGCUACAGGACCUGGGAGUUUUUAAAAAUGAGGUUUGGUAAGACGUGUAGACAUGGACACGCUCCCCAGAAGGAAGACAUUUUUAUUUUCCUCACAGUCCCCUAGACACAGGGAGGCAUGGCACUCCACACAUGGCCGCAGGGAGAGGCAGGGACUUGGGAUGAGCAGACAGAGAAAGGACCUGUGGGCCAGCAGGAGCCUUUAUUGCGGUUUUGUGGGCAGGAAGCAGGCUGAGCAAGCUAAGCUCAGUUUUGAUUUCAGGGGGUUCUGGGCAUAAGAGCGUCCCUAGUUGUGUGGUGUCCGGCCCUGGGGCGAUUAGGGCAGGAGGAGAAUGGCCCGGAGCGUGAGAUCAAGGGGAUGGUUGGAAGUGUGGGCUGUGGCUUGAUCCAUUUGUGUACCCCACGUGCUGUCCUAGGAAAGACUUUACCAUCUCUAGAAAGUCUGCCCCUGGGAGGGGCAGUCCCUCCAGGUCAGCAAGGCCCCAGAUGUUCGAGCAUCAUGAAUACAGAAAACAAGAAGACGUAGUUAAUACACAACUCAGUGCUAAUCCUAGUGUAUUCACUCCACUGGCUUAAAUAGAACAAUGUAGAAACCAACCAGAGGCUGCCUUUCCAAAUUACUUAUUUUUAUGAUACAGUUAUUUGCCAAACAAAAGAUUAUCUAAUAUAAAACUAUCUGAUUUAUCUUGACUAGACCUUCUUAUUGAUAACAUCCCUCUCUCUCUCUCUCUCUCUCACACACACACACACACACACACACACACGUUUAUGGCAGAGGCACAAUAGGCUAAGACCUCAACUGUAGGUGAGCGUCUGUCUUCUGAUGGACCGUGAGUGGCCCUCGGUGUUCAGACUGUCUCCCCUUGGGGCAGCGAAUACCACCCCUGCAGCGGGGGUUGGGGGGGGGCAGACAGGAGCACCUGCCUGAGUGAGAGCCAGGCCUCCGGCAAAGAAUGGACCUCUGGCAUGAGGAGAGCCCUAGGACCUGCAGGGGAGCAGUGUUGCUGAGGUUUAGAAGCCCAGGGUUUCUCUAGGGAGUGAACCCUACUCUGUUGAUUCUGGAUAUGGUUCGUGCCCAUGCUGUCCCUGCUUACAUCUGGUAGGUUCCACACAGACAUACGUUAGGCAGCCCAGCACGUGGAGCCGGGUGGGACGAGGUAGGCCUCACUGGGAUGUGGCCAUUGGGUACUGGCAAGAUAAAGGGCACGCCAGCCCUGUGAAUUAGAGCUCUAUGCAUGCACUCUACGUCUAGCGGUGUGUGUUUCCAGGUGGAGGGGCCUCUACUCGAGGAACACUCUUGGUCUGCUACCUCGUCCCCUUUCCUCUCUUCCCCGGUCAUGCCAUGAGUUACCCGAUUGGCAGCUGACCCUCCACCUCGACUGGGUACCGCUAAUCCAUUAAUAACAGGAAAGCACCAGGGAUUCAUUUCCUUCUCUCUUCCCGCAGUCCUGGGUCCGCAUUCGUGCUUUGUAGCCUCUCGGGUGGGGUGGGCUGUGAGCAGGAUCCUUUGACACAUGUAUAGAACCAUAUCUUGAAAAUGACUUAACAACAAAAAAAAUGUCAUUAUAAACUCCACCUACUGGUUGCCCAGUUGCCUCAUUUCUCAAUGGAUUACAACCCGCAAAGGAGAAAAAAAAAAGUGCUCUUUCUUGGUUUCUUACACGCCAGCAUCAUCCCAUGGUUUUUCCUGUGCACGUGGCAGGAGGAAGUCUCUAGAGAGAGGUGCAGAGGCCUGGGCCUCAGUCUUUACCUACCCAUCCCUCACUUGUGACCCCACGCAGUUCACUGGACUUCCUGGCUCUCUGUUUCCUCAUCUGUUGAGUGGAUGAGUUUGUCUAAAAUGACCUCUGACAACGUUUGAUUUCUACCUUUGCUUCUUCUCCAGGUCCCUCCUUGUGCACUUUAUCUGAACAUUGUGGUACAUGGGGUGCUUCCUGAGCAGGGUAGUUUUAUAAAUGAAGGUCAAGGGUUUGGGUUUGCAUUCCACCCAAUGACACUGGCAACUGGCCGUGAUUCUUACCAAAGACCCAGGAAUGGGUUCCAAGGAGUCUGUUAACUCUCUGACAUUGUAUGAAAAUGGUGUAUUUCCACAGAUCCUCAGUUUCUCAAGUGAGUAGGGAUUGCUGCUGCUGGGAAGUCACCGGGCAGCAUGAUGCGAGUGGGGAAACCUGUCCCCAGUCGGAGAGCAAGGCCUCGUGAGAACAGCUUAGGACACGAUCGGUGCACAGAGUGGGGACCAGCCUUGUGUCUCAUCCCUAAUGCACAACUGAAUGAACUUUAACAGUCUUGCAGGGCUGCUCGGCCGUUCUCCACUUCUCCACCUGUUUAAGUGAAACACAUUAGUUGAUCUUCACGGACAUAGAGAAGGUCAUUAAUUAGGCAGUGAGAUUUGGGACCAAGAUAUAAUGGUUGCCUCCGAUAUCAAAACAAUUGAUGAGGAAGUUUCCAAGUGGAUUAAAGAAAACCUUAGAUUUCUCCCCUGUGGAGUUCUCCAUGACUCAAAUGAACCAGGCAGUUCUCCAUAUGAUUUUGUACUGUGUGGACGUGCUAUAAUCUUUUGUGGGCUCUGCCACUUUUCCUCUUGAUCAGUGACUCUACAAAGUAUUGUCUUUCGUGCCCAGUUUAAAGCCUUUAAUCAAAACCUUUUCUGCUCCUCUGAGCUCACAAAUGGAAGGUGUAUGCGUACCUGUGAUUUCUCUUGCCUUUUCUGUAUUCAUAUUGGUCUCGGGAGAGUGACUUCAUAUGAUAUAUUAAGCCUUUGAGUUUAUGAACUGUGCAAUCGUAAGAAAGAUGGUUAUUCUACUUUCCAAUGUUCUGGGCUUUUGUCUUCUCAUCCAUCCGUUCAAUUAACUCAGAUCCUAUUAAUUCCGAAGAGUAAAUGAUGUUGAAAAAAAAGAAGUGGCUUAUAAUCAAAUGAGAUAUUUUACUGACAAAGGAAAUAAUCUCAAGGAUAUCUGUGUGUUUGCAUAAGGCGUAGGUGAAGACUUGAUAAAUUCUGCUGGACGAGGUGAUGUGGGAAGACAAAAGUACUCAGUAAAUGAAAUCUCUGAGAGAUCUUCUGAAUCAUUUCAUAAAGCAAGUUCAGAAUUUGAGAUAGCCAAGUUUAAUUCAGUUUUUAAUUCAAUUGUUCAAGCCAUCAGCCGAAUCUUACAGUUUUUCUUCGGUUACCUCAUAUCACCCGCUGGCAAAGUUGAAUUUGUGAAUUAUUUGAUUUUGAUUGAAGGACCGUCAUCUCAGAGUCCCCAAAGACCUGUAUUUCGAACAGGAAGAAGAAAAGAAAAAUGAGUUACCGAUGCCCUGAAAGCUCUCCCCAACUCUAUCAAGUGCUGCAGAUGUUCUAGAGAUGGAAACAAUAGCAAAGAUCCUGCAUCACUGCUGAACUAUUAGAGCACAGAGCAGGUGUUGGUAUGGGAGGACAUUGUUGUUGGAGCCUCUCCCGGGUCUGCCGAGGAAAAAGCUGGCCUUAGUCCUGCAAUAUGCGGGCCGAAUAGUUCUCCUUGGUUACGCGGACCCUCAGACUGCAUUGAAGCUAGUGAUGUGAUUUCUGCCAAGUUCACAGGCAGGUCAAGAGAGCUGUGUACGUACCUUUGUGACAUUUCACUCAAAAUGCUGGUGGUGGGGUGAGGGGCACAAAGAGCAAUUGGAAGGCAAUGCCUUCUGUUUUAUGUCUGUUUUAAAAUGCUAAAGUAUUUCUUUACAGUCAUUAAAAGAAAAGACUGAUUUAAAGAGAUAUCAAGGAUGUGCUAUUAGAUGAUGCACGCAUAGCAGGUAAUCCAUCUAAUACCAUACACUUUUCUUUCUUUCCUUCCUCCUUCCUUCCUUUCUUUCUUUCUUUCUUUCUUUCUUUCUUUCUUUCUUUUCUUCUUUCUUCUCUUUGUCUUUCUCUCUUUCUCUCUCACUUUCUUGCUUUCUAAAAAUAACUUUCAACAAAAUAGCGUCCCUACAAUAUGACUCUAGGUAUGCAUUGCUUGAACAUGGAGAAAACCAUGGACGCGUUCUUAUUUGGCUGUAUAUUGGCUACGCAGGCUGGGGACAUUGGGAAGAGUGGUGAUGUGCGGCUAAAAGGCAUCGUAUUCUUCAGUGAGCAUAUGUUCUCAUAACUUUGGAAGAGAAAUGUAAAAAAAAAAUUUAAGUGGACAAUUAUUUAUUGCUCACGUAGUCCUAAAGCAACAGGAGCACACAGUUAAAAAAGAAAACAGCAUCAUCCAGAGUAUCAGCCCGAUAAUCCAUAAUCCCUCAGUUUUCUGUUUCUUUACUUCUUGUCCUAAUGGGUAUGUGUUAUUUUUCAUAGUUAAAGUCAUAGUAAAAAUAAAAUUUUUAUUCAGUUUUCCUGACUUACCUUGUAUUAGGUGUAUCAUUUUAUUUUCCUUUAAUGUUAAUCAUUUAAUUCCCGACAUAUUGAUAAAACACCGUAGAGAAGCGGUACCAUGAUUUACUUAACCAUCAUCAAUUUCUGGAGAUUUAAAUGUUUGUACUUUUCUUUGUUAAAAAUAUUAAAAUAAUGUAUAGUUUUUGUA